GGAAUCGUGCUGCGGUCUCGUGCUGCGCCCGUACGGAGUAGGAAGGGAAACAGCCGAGAAAAGCUACCUGCUUACAGCGCGCUUGCUGGACCACACGCACAAAAUCAGAUGAACUGCCGGGCUCACUGAUUUGGGUACCUCGCUAUCCCAUUAGCCGCCUCCGCAUCCUUCAGGAUCGGCAGCAGAAAUUGGCAGAGACAUGUUUGUUAUGCACAAUUCUACCGCACAUAGUAGAUCACACAACGGAUCAAUCGCGUGCGGAGGUCGCACUUGCAUCGAACGCCUUGCGAGGGCGACGACUCCGCAUUGCCCGAUUACCAGCAGCGUUAUCACAGCUACCCGUGCUAAAACAAUAAGCAUGGCCGCAGCGGCAGCAGCGCCUACGUCUAAUGUUGUCCCGGUCGACACGACGCUCAAUCCCCUUGUUGCGUCGGUCAAGCCGUCAAAGACAAUGGCGCUGACAGACCUUGCCACUUCAAUGAAGGAAGCCGGCAUCGAUGUCAUCGGCCUUGCAGCCGGCGAGCCCGACUUUGACACCCCCGCGCCCAUCGUGGAAGCGGGUGUGGCUGCUCUGCGGGCGGGCUACACCCGGUACACCCCCAAUACGGGAACCACCGCUCUGAGGAAGGCAAUUUGCAAGAAGCUCCAGGAUGACAACGGUCUGAGCUACAGUCCGGAUGAGGUUGUGGUUAGCAAUGGCGCCAAGCAGUCCAUCUGGCAGGCGGUACUGGCUACCGUGUCACCCGGAGACGAGGUCAUUAUCCCGGCGCCGUACUGGGUGUCGUACACUGAGAUGGUACGGCUGGCGAAUGCGACGCCCGUGGUGGUGCCUACGACCCCCGAGGAGGGCUUUCUGAUGAGCCCUGAGAAGUUGGCAGCGACCCUGACUCCCCGUAGUCGCUUGCUCAUCUUGUGCAGCCCCUCCAACCCCACGGGGGCUGUCUACCCCAAGGAGCACCUGGAGGCUUUGGCGCGCGUGGUGGGCGCCCAUCCUAGGCUGCUCGUACUGUCGGACGAGAUUUACGAAUACAUCACGUAUGCACCAGCCAAACAUGUGUCCUUUGGCGCGCUGCCUGGCAUGUGGGACCGCACCCUCACGGUCAACGGCUUCUCCAAGGCCUACGCUAUGACCGGCUGGCGUCUUGGCUAUCUGGCUGCGCCGCGCAUUUACGCCAAGGCUGCCGCCAUCAUCCAAUCCCAGUCCACUUCAGGCGCCUCAUCUAUCAGCCAGCAGGCCGCCUUGGCAGCCCUGGCGCUGGGGCCGGGCGGCGGAGAGCCGGUGCAGCAGAUGGUCAGGGCAUUUCAAGAGCGACGGGAUUUUGUGUGCGCUCGGCUGCGCGGCAUCCCUGGAGUCAACCUGGCUGAGCCCAGCGGCGCCUUCUACGUGCUACCCGAAAUGAGCGCCUUCUUCGGUCCCGGCGCACAUGCGGACGGCUUUGGGCCCGUACCCGACUCGGACACCUUUUGUCGCUACCUCAUCGAAAAGGCCAACGUCGCUGUCGUGCCCGGGGACGCCUUUGGCGCUGACAGCUGCAUCCGCAUUUCCUACGCCGCGUCCUUGGAGACGCUGGGCAAGGCGCUGGACCGGAUUGCAGCCUCCCUGGACCCCAAAAUCUAUAAACGCCGUACGGGCUCUAGCUAAGAUUCUGGAUCCUGGAUCUGCCUGUAUCAUUUACUCGACAACUAUGGACGUAGCUUAAUCUGGCGUUGAUAGGAGUUGUGAUUGUUCAAACUGGUGAGCGAGUCGCUCCGAAAGAGGAAGGGACAGUUAGUUGCUAGGAUGAGCUUCACAGCCGUUCCCGAGCAGGGCUUGCUGUGAAGGUACUCCUCGGGACAGGGGACGGCUGGGAAGCUCUGGUCUGGGCUUAAAGCUGUGCGCAGGUGGUGGAAACAGGGUUAGGUGCUUUGGAGGGGCGUUUCUCGACGGGACUGGAUUUCGCAACGCCAGACAAUGACAUGCGCGCCGUCCCAUUUCGAACCCCCCCGGCUGGUGGCGCCAUGCCGAAAUAUAGGUUGUGUUAUUAUGCGCUGCUUUUUUGGGGCUCCGUUGCUUACCUUACUACCAUGUUUAUGCGAGCUUAGGUAAAUGUGGUUGGGGUUGUAUGUGGCAGGGACAAGGGUGGCUGACCGUAAAUGACACGAUGUGCUUUGCCCGGCGUGAGCUCCUCCGUCGAGUUGUGAAUGUAACUCUGCUUCUGUAAUACGUGCAUUCCGUU